UUCACUUCCACAUUUUGUGGUGUGGUGACGACCAGCAUAGCGAUGACUCUCAUGUCAAUUUAUAUAUACCAAGUAUUUAACCAAAUUCGUUCUUGUUCAGUAGAUAAGAACUGUCCUGGAUAUUAUAUCAGUCUAACUGAUGCUUGUUAUUGUUUCACUUUGCUUUUUGCAGUUCUUUUUAGUAAACAUUUCAGUUUGUGCAGUAUUUUAAAUGACACACUAGACGAUUUUAUCUAUGCCAAUGAACAUAUUUCAAAAAAUUACCAAUUCAAAUGUUUUUCACAAAUUGUGAUGAUCAAUGCUUUGAUAUUUGUUGAUUUACUUAGAAAAUGUAUUAUGGAAUAUGACCUGUUUGAUUUUAAUAGCUUAAAUGUUUGGAUUUUUGUGAAUUUUAUCAGAAAUCUUAUUUAUUCCGUCGAUGCUUUUAUUGUCAGUUUCUUCGCCAUCCUAGAAAUGAACAUGCAAUGUGUUAAUGAAAAAAUCAAGGGUACACUAGUAAGCAGAAACCCUGAAAACUAUUUUAACUUUUAUGCUCAACUCCACUGGAAAUUCACUACUACGAUAAAAAAAACUGUAGAUUAUCUUGGACCGAUUCUAUUCAUCACACUCGUUUUUAAACAAAUACAGAUUAUAGGUAUGAUUUAUUUCACACUCCUCAACUAUAUCAGCGACUUGGGAAACAAUUUGUUUCAAGCCUUCGAUUUACUUUUACCCGCUGUAAAUUUCAUUUGGAUCUGCUUUAGUUCUUCACAACUAACUGAGGAAGCAAAACAAUGCAUGUUUAUUUUCCAAGACUUGAAAACUGUUAAUGUUACCAACCUCGAGUUGAAACAAAAGAUAGAAUAUUUUCAAGAAUUAAAUCACUACAGAGGUUUUGAUGUUAAUGCAAACAACUUUUUUGUUGUCCGUCUUGGUCUUAUAAUUAAGGUAGUCAGUGUGACGUUGACGUAUGUUGUGGCAGUUGUACAAAUGAUACCUACCACCAGUAAUUUAAAACAUUAAUAUCUCAUCAAUUGGGGACAUCGUAUUGCAAUAGAUAAUUAUAAAAAAUUCAGAAGGGAGCUCUCUGAAAAUUUGAAAUGAAAAUGAUUAACAUAAAAAUUGCAGUUGGUCUCAAAACGAAUACAUUUUUACUCUUUAGACAGCCACAAACUCAAAAAAUG